AUGUCUCCCUCAUGUGCUCAAGGCGCAAGUGGUCGAUCAUCCGAGACUGAGAACAUGCCGCAUAUACACGACUCCGCCGACACCUUCUCAUACACCCUCCCACCCCGUCCCAACCCGUCAGAAGACGCGGGUCUAGCAAUCGACGUUCGGAAUGAGGAUCCCAAUGCCUCACCACCCUCUGCCGACAGCCUGGAUGUCUUCACUAUCGGACCCAUCACCGCCCUGAAACUUCUUUGUGCUGGUAUCGAAGCUUUGACGCGAAUUACUGGUGAUGUCCCACCAACACCACCCCCGACGUUCUCGACGCCCCCGAAUAUGCGUGGUAUGCAAGCGGAAAAAGAGAAUAUUAUAAGGAGCAAUUCCUACAAGAACCUAGCAGAGUUGCAGAAACGGCCGAGGACACCUUCAGACUCGGGCUCGGAUAUUGAUGGGGUAGUGCUGAGGAAACGAGCCCCCAUUAGCAGUCCAGAGAUUGCUCCCACCGAGCCACAUAUAAUCAUUGGUGACAAUGCGGAACCGCUCAACGUCCAGCAUAGCGCCAUCACCCGCAAAUUCUACUCGAAGCAUCCUCCUCCGAUUUCGCUCGAGGAUUACUUGAUGAGAAUUCACAAGUUUUGUCCAAUGUCGACGGCAGUCUACCUUGCUACGAGCUACUAUAUCCAUAAGUUAGCGGUCGAUGAGAGAGCAAUUCCAGUCACACGGAGGAACAGCCAUCGGUUAUUACUGGCAGGACUGAGAGUUGCCAUGAAAGCGCUGGAAGAUCUCAGUUACCCACACUCUCGAUUCGCAAAGGUCGGCGGGGUCAGUGAAGGAGAACUUGCGAGGCUCGAAAUCAGUUUCUGUUUUCUAACAAACUUCGAAUUCAGAACGACCAAGGAGAAACUAUUGGAUCACGCCAUUAGUCUGAAGGAGAUAUCGUCCUUGCAAGGAUCCAUGAAUUUUAUACCAAGGAUGCCAUUGAAGAACAAGCGGCGGAUGAAUGGUUGA